AAAAACAUGAAGGUGGGGGGCAGGGGCCGGUACGUAAAGAAAGAUCUGACGCAUGAUUAUCGGUCCUUUUAUCUUUGGUUUGUUUGUGAGUGUCGGAGGGAACUGUGAAUCUCUUCGAUUUCGUCACAGUGUCGCUCCUCGCGAGAAAGUGUAACGCUAUCCCACUAGUCAAGCAUCUGCUUUCACUUGCAAGUCGCAGACACACGUCUCAAGGACAAAGAAAUAUGGCGCUGACAGAAACAUCCAGCGCUAAAUGUUUUGGAGGAUGGCAGAAAGUCUUUGCUCAUGAAAGCAAAGAACUUGGUUGUCACAUGAACUUUGCCAUCUAUCUCCCGCCCCAGGCAGAAGAUGGGAAGGUACCAUUAAUAUUCUGGUUGUCUGGCCUCACUUGUACUGAGCAGAAUUUUAUUACUAAAGCUGGAGCCCAUCGCUAUGCCGCAGAACAUGGUGUUGCAAUUGUUUGUCCAGAUACAAGUCCUCGUGGCUUGCAAAUUCCUGGUGAGGAUGAUGGGUGGGACUUUGGUUCUGGAGCCGGUUUCUAUGUCGAUGCUACUGCUGAGCCAUGGAAAAAGAACUACCGCAUGUACUCCUAUGUGACUAAAGAACUGCCUGCACUCGUUUUUGAUAACUUCCCUGUCUCAUCUGAUCGAGUUUCAAUCAUGGGGCACAGUAUGGGUGGGCAUGGUGCCUUGAUCUGUGCAUUGAAGAACCCUGGAAAAUACAAGACUGUUUCUGCGUUUGCUCCCAUUUGCAACCCCACUGAAGUGCCGUGGGGACAGAAGGCAUUUGCUGGUUAUUUGGGCCCACGAGGAAGUGGAGACAGCGACCUGUGGGCUCAGUAUGAUGCAACCCUUCUUCUUAAAAACUACUCAGGUCCUCCGAUGGACAUACUGAUUGACCAGGGUACACAGGAUACAUGGCUUACUCAACUCUUACCUGACAACUUUGUGAAAGCAUGCCAAGCUGCAAACAUGCCUGUUGUUUUACAGCUAAGAGAUGGCUAUGACCAUGGCUAUUACUUUAUUUCUACUUUUAUUGAAGAGCACAUCAAACAUCAUGCCAGGUACCUCAAAGCGUGAUGGCUAUUCAACAGCUUUUCAUGAUAACAAAAUUUGCCAUUUUCCUUGAAAAAUAUAUUUUUUUUUGAGUAAUUUCAAAGAAA